AUGACAGGCGAUAAAGUUGCCGCAAAAGAUGCCACAACACCAGAGACCAAAGACUUGCCGCCCUUGACAGACCAUGAAUUUAAGAUCUUCAACCGUCUAGCAGACCGGAUGGAACAAUUCCACAACUAUUUCCGCCAAACUUGGAACCUCCUCUGGACCGCAGCAACAACAUCCCGCCGCCCCCAAAACCUCACCGUCAAGCAAUUCCUCAACGAAGCCAUCUCCUUCACGAGCCACCUCUCCGCGCACCACGGCAUCGAAGAAGCCCACGUGUUCCCGCUGCUAGCGACGCGCAUGCCGGAAUUUGACCCCAAGAGAGGCAAGUUGGUGAAGCAGCAUGAGCAGAUCCACAAGGGGCUGGAGGAGUUCGAGGCUUACGUGAAGAAGUGCCAUGCGGGCAAGGAGGAGUUUGAGAUGAGCGUGCUGAAGGAGAAGAUGGAGGGGUGGGGAGGCGUGCUGUGGGAGCAUUUGGAUGAGGAGGUGAGGAUGUUGGGGGCGGAUAGGAUGAGGCGUGUUUGGAGUAAGGAUGAGAUGAUGAGGAUGCCUAUGUGA